AAAAAAGCUUUCACUGGGAGCCAGCGGCCAGCCAGAGGUAACUCGUUUGGCCGUCGCCUCUUUGCAGUCUCUCGCCCAAAGCUUCCCUUACCUCCAUUCUUCGCCAAUUCUCGAAGAGGAUACUAUCUUUCCUGUCAGCUUUUGGAGAUGGCAGCCUCACCCAGCCUUUCAGCUCCUCUUCGCAUCUCCCUAUCUUCUUGCUCUUCUUCUUCCUCUCCUUCUUCCCAUUCUCAAUCCUGCUCCCCUACUCUAUUCUUGCGAAUCCCUUGCAGAAACUUAUCCACCAAGCUCGUAGCUUCCGCUUUGCCCCGUCCCUACGGCGAUUCUUCAUCAAAUGGAAUAUCGAAGAAUGCUUUUGGGUUGCCUUUAAAGAUAGACGACCAGGCUGUCCAUGGUUCUGGCCUCAGGUCCGCGGAGGAUGAUGGGAAGAAGGGUAACCCUCCCAUAAUGCCAGCAGUGAUUACACCUGGAGGAGCUCUGGAUCUCUUAUCCGUGCUGUUUAGAAACCGUAUUAUCUUCAUUGGCCAGCCAGUCAAUUCAAGAGUUGCUCAGCGUGUCAUAUCGCAACUUGUGACUCUAGCGACUAUUGACGAGAAGGCAGAUAUUAUGGUGUAUCUGAACUGCCCUGGUGGAAGUACAUACUCUGUGUUGGCAAUCUAUGACUGCAUGUCUUGGAUAAAGCCUAAAGUUGGCACUGUAUGUUUCGGGGUAGCUGCAAGCCAAGGAGCGCUUCUUCUUGCUGGUGGAGAAAAGGGAAUGCGGUAUGCAAUGCCUAAUUCCCGAAUAAUGAUACAUCAACCACAGAGUGGAUGUGGGCCAAAAGGCCGAGAAAGGGUCAUGUGGAGGAUGUGAGGCGACAAGUGAAUGAAGCUGUUCAAUCUCGCCAUGUAACUUUGGAAUCUGAUAUGUCUGGCACUUGGAAUGCAGAAAGUUGACAAGAUGUAUGCUGCAUUUACUGGCCAACCUCUUGAGACUGUGCAACAGUACACAGAGAGAGAUCGUUUCUUGUCUACAUCAGAGGCAAUGGAGUUCGGGUUGAUUGAUGGCAUUCUGGAAACAGAGUACUGAACUUAGAUGAAGGGUUUUGUAUGAGGUAGCUCACAAAAUACCUUUUAAACAGUUUAUGUGCCUGAACCCUUGACGAUGGUAGCUGAGAAACUUAUAGUUGCAUGUAUUGUUAAUUACUUCGUCCUGAAGUGGAAUUGAAUUUGUAAGUUUCUUCACACACAAGAACUAGGCAAUGCCAAUUCCUACCAUUAAGUUUUGUUUUCGAUAUUUCUGAUU